AUGCAUCGAUCCCGCAGAGGUGCGAACUGUCAUUUGUUGGUGGCAGCUGACACAUCGAGAAGUGGACAGUGCAAUUACUGUUUGUCGAUAUGUCCGGCAGUGCUUCAACGGCUGCUUGACACUUGCACAGCAGAGAUGUCGCUGUGCGCACUUUGCAGAGUUCAACUCGCAAAGCACUUGGCUGAUAUCACUCACAUCCAGGCCUUGGUCCAAGCCCAGGUGGACACGCUGGGUCACGACGAAUCAUUUGACCGUCAACAAGUCCUUGGGGUACAGGCUGAGAAUUGCAAGCGUCGCCUUCGGCAGCUGAAAACCAUUUCCGCAGAGGAAUGCUUUGAGCUGCAGGACCUCAUCUUCAAGGGUCCUUGGAGUGCAGAGAUGAAGACCAGCAUGGUCAACAUCCUGAACGAUGCUUCCCGAGAUGAAGGUGGGACCGGAAGCGAGGGCAAGCAGUAUUGCCCAGCAUUUGUGGCAUUUCUGAGCAAGAGUGAUGUUCAGAAACUAAACGAUCCAGACAUGGGCAACAUGAUGAAGAUUCAGGUCCUGGCAGAACGCACCCUGAACAUUGGCUUCUUCAGGCCAACUGAGCCGGGGUACAAGAUCAUUCUUGCUGCCGGUUGUGCCAAUGGCAUGACGGUGCAGCCAAGCGAGAACCUGCCCUUCAUCAACGAGUUGAAGCGCUUGGUCCGUGGAGGUGCGAAGAAGCGCCCCAAGCCCAGCCCAUGGUUGCUCAGGUUUCCCAACCAGCCAGGUGAACUUCCUCCUGCUCUCUUGGAGUCAGCAUAUGCUGCUGACGACCCACCAGUGUCUCUUCAAAACGUGGCAGAGGCAGCUGCCUUGAAAGCAUCCGUAGAUCUUGGGUGCCGCAAGUCAAAGAAGGCAUUGCAUGAAAAGACAGAGGCUUCCUCUUGGUCUAUGGUUCCAGCCACUCCUGCUUCGGCAAUGGGCGCAGGCAUUCAGAUGGGAAUGCCCGGCAACAUGCAGAACCAGAUGCAGGGAAUGCAGGGGAUGCUCCAGAUGUGCCAGAUGAUGGCCUCAAAUCCAAUGCUGUUCCAGAUGAUGAACAUGAUGGCAAACAGCGGGCAGCAAGAGAUUCCCAUCACCAUGAUUGGGAAGCGAAGUGACCGUGCAUCGCCCUCAUGCCCUGGCACACCAGCAUCGUCUCCGAAGAAUGACUCGCAGGAGCAAGAGGUUCCGCCCAGUGAACCUGAAGCGAAGGCCGCGGAGGCACCGAAAAUUCCUUUGUUCGAUUUGGGUGCGCCAGACGAGAAAGACUUGAAGUCAGAUCUUCAGAAAAAGGCUCAAUCGAUGGUCGCCAGCCAGGCGAAGGUUAUGGAGAGAGCCCUCGAAGAACGGGCCAUGAAAAAACCAGCCACAUGCAAUCCAAAGGCAAAGGCCAAGUCGACCGCAAGCAAGUCAGAGACGAAGGCAAUCAAGAAAGAUCAGGAAGGCGGUCUCAAAAUGGACCGCAAAAACAUCCACUCUCGCACGUACACAGCGGCGAAGCUCAAGUUCUUGAAGCAAGGCUUCAAGUUGGAGGACGCAGUUGAGAAGGCAAGUGCGGUGGCGGCAAACGAGCUGAAGAAGCACGGCUUUGUGCCCCAUCCAAAGAACCGGCCAAACAAGAAGAAGUGA